AUGAUUUCAUCUAAAUAUUAUCCAGUAUUAAGUGAACCAUAUAUUGAAACAACAGAAAAUAUUGAUACAUUAUUUAAUGCAGUUAAAAAUGAAGAUUAUUCUACAAUAUAUAAUUUACUUUUUGAUAAAAAAGUUAAUUCAUCAACUGUCAAUUAUGCUAAUGUUAAUCGACCAUCAUUACUUAUUGAAUGUUGUAAACGAUCGGAUAAAAAACUUUUACAAAUAAUGCUUAAAAUUGAAAAAAAUCAAUUAAAAACUUCAUAUGAAGAUGUUGAUGGACAUCGAGCUGUAUGGUAUGCUAUUGAAAAUAAUUUUAUUAAUGGUAUUCAUGAUAUACUUGAGCAUAAAUUAAUUGAUCCUAAUUUACAUGAUACAAAAACAAGUUUUACUCCUCUAUUACAAGCUAUUGAAAAAAAACGUUCUGAGAUUGUAGAAGAAUUAAUUCGUGCUGGUGCUGAUGUUAAUUUUCCACCACGUAAUCCAGCUCAUCGUGGUUUAACACCACUUAUUUUAGCUAUUGUUAAUGGAACUGAUGAAAUCAGUCAAUGUUUAAUUAAUUCAUUAUGUAGUCUCAAUCAACACGUAGAAGAUGGUUAUACGGCUUUACAUUACAGUGUUCUAAUGAGUCGUCAUCCAACAAUUAAAUCUUUACUUAAAGCAGGUGCACGAACAAAUGUUCGUAGUAUAUAUGGUGUAACACCAAUGACUUUAGCAAUUUUAUCUGAUGAUCCAUAUUCAGUUAAAAUUCUUAUUGAACAUGGUUAUCCAAUAACACGUUCAUAUCCAUGGAAUGAAUAUCCAUUUGAACAAGCAAUUAAAAUUCAUGCCGAAGGUUCAGCUAUGAUGAUUGCUCAUUUAGGUUGUGAAUUAAAAACUAAACAAGCUAGUCGAACAACAAAUAUAUUAACAAUGGUAGCUAGUGAAGGUUUAGUUAAUUUAAUGUUUCUUUUAAUAAAUAUGCAACCACAAUAUAUAAAUCAACAAUGGAUACGUAAACGACAAUAUCCACAUGCAUUAUAUCGUUUAACAAAUGUUCAAAAUGAAUUACAACGUAUGUAUACAAAUCCAUUUCGUCUUAAACAAUUAUGUCGUGCACAAAUAUCUCAAACAAUUGGAAAAUUUUAUACAGAAAAAAUUAAUGAUUUAAAAAAAACUUAUCGUUUAUUAUCUGAUCAACAACUUGAUUAUUUACGUUAUAAUGAUGUAGUUGAUCCAAUAAAACAUUUUCGUUCUGUUGGUAAACGUCUUGCUCAUUUUGAAGUUAAUGGUAUUGAAUUCUAUUGGGAUCAACGAACAUUAAGAUAUCGAAACUCUUAUGAUGGUUAUACUCAAGAUAUAAAAAAAGAUAAACAUCGUAAUGAACAACCUAAAAGUGCUAUUGUUCGUUUAACAUCAGUAUUACUUAAACGACGACAACAUCAAGAAGAACGUAAAAGAAUUAAUGAAUCUCAAAGUCAAUCAGCGUCAAGUAAAUCACGUAAUAUUGUAAAAAAACAUGUUAAUAUAAAUAUUAAAUCAGCUCAUAAUGCUGGACAAGGAAUUUUAUCAAAACGAUAUAAAUAA